CAGAAUGGACGAAUUUUGGUCAUUGAUUUUGUUGUCUAUAGCUAUGUUGAUUGGCAGUUACGUUGCAGGCUCUAUUCCACUAAUGAUGACGUUAUCAGAGAAGCGUUUGCGUCUCGUCACCGUGUUGGGAGCAGGCCUCCUCGUCGGAACGGCACUCUCCGUCAUCAUUCCCGAAGGCGUGCACGCCCUCUACACAAGUGAAGCACAUCAUUCUCACUCCAGCAUGCCACAGCAACCAGCUGUAGAGCAAACGGAGCACAAUAAGAUGAAGGAGCAUCAAGAGAAGCCGGACAUGUUUAGAACGCAUGAGGAGCUGCAUCAUGGAGAUGAGCAUAAUCACUCAAGCUCAUCAUUAGAUCUACAUUCCUAUAUUGGCAUAUCUAUUACACUGGGCUUUGUUUUCAUGUUGCUGCUCGAUCAGAUAGGAGGCAGCCACUUUGAGCAUCACGGAUCAGAUGGUGAUAACAGCCGGUCAAGUAUAUUUACUGCCACCAUCGGAUUGGUUGUGCAUGCAGCAGCUGAUGGAAUUGCAAUGGGAGCUGCAGCUACAACUGCCCAUCAUGAAGUAGAGAUAAUUGUCUUUCUCGCUAUAAUGUUACACAAGGCUCCGGCGGCAUUUGGUUUGGCGACUUUCCUGUUACACGAGGGCUGUGAACGAACUAGAAUACGAAAACAUUUGGUCAUCUUCUCUGCUGCUGCUCCUGUGAUGGCAUUGAUCACAUACAUAGGACUCAAUUGGCGGCACAAGCAGACUUCGACGAGUUUUUCCAGCAUCAAUGCAACAGGAGUGGCUAUGCUGUUCUCUGCCGGUACGUUUCUCUAUGUUGCUACUGUUCACGUCCUCCAAGAGGUCAGUCACGUGCACACCAACCAUUCGACUCAGAGCUGCGAGUCAAGCAGUACAGGAACGGGACAGAAGGGUGAAAUGCCACUUCAAAUGGACAUUGACCAAAGACAUCACAACAAACACAGUGAACAUCUAAGCAAAUUUGAACUCAUUGCUUUAGUAGCUGGGAUUUUGUCUCCCAUGUUGCUACAACUGCAACAUUCCCAUUAGUCGUGACAAGUUUGGAGACACAAAAAAAUUAAUUUCAUAGCUGGUUGUAUAUACUGUAGUACAGAACAGUUUGUGAUUGGAAUAGACUGGUUUAAGUUAAAUGUGGUGAA